CGCAACAGAAAACUCCACGCGGCUCACAGGAGCAUCUUCCAGGCGGACCCAGGCGGCCAACGUCGCCCAGCUGGAGCUCUCGUCUCGGGCGCGCGACUCAGGUAGCCGCGGGGGGGUUCCGUGUCCGAGGCGGCAGCUCUUUUUGGGCCGCGGGCCCUUUAAAUCUCUCCUGCUUCGGUGGGCGAGGACUUUCGUUUUCUGUAGUCGUUGCCCUGCCGCCCCCACGCAUCGAUCCCACCUCCUCCUCCUCCUCCACUUAAAGGGGAACAACGCUCUGCCGCCGCUGCGUCACGGAGACGGACCUUUCCCGGGAGGACCGGCCUGACUUGAAGGUAUUGGGAAGAUGCUGCUGUCCAAACCCAGCAGGAAUGGCUUCUGCAUCCUUCACAGAACACACUGGUUGAGAGAGAUGCCUUGGAGGCCCCACCUUCCAGCCUGCAUGGCUUGGACAACCUCCCGCAACCAUGGCACUUGGAACGAUGCUGGCAGCACAAGGCGCAGGGUCAUGGUAGCAGCAGGGGCCGGGCUGGGCAUAGGCACCAUCUUGGCUUAUGGAGAUCACCGUCGGCGGGCAGCUGAGCCUGAGACCCCAGCGCCCGCAGCUGGACCCCCAUUUCCGGUCUUUACCCGGAAGGAGGUGGCUCGCCACAACAGUGAAGCGAACCGGGUGUGGGUGACCUACGGCAGCGACGUUUUUGACAUCACAGACUUCGUAGAGGUGCACCCUGGAGGCAAAAGUAAGAUCCUCCUGGCAGCAGGGGGUGCUCUGGAACCGUUCUGGGCCCUCUACGCCAUGCACAAACAGGAACAUGUGCUGGAGAUCCUUCGCGGGUACAAAGUGGGGGAGCUGAGCCCCGAGGAGCCUCCGCAGCCAAUCCCGGGAGACCCAUAUGCUGAGGAUCCCCAGCGGCACCCCGCCCUCCGGAUCAACACCUUGAAGCCCUUCAACGCAGAACCCCCCCUGGAGCUGAUUGCCGAGAACUACCUGACUCCCAACCCGCUCUUCUUCAAGCGCAACCACUUCGCCGUGCCUGUGGUGGACCCGGCCACCUACCGGCUGCAAGUACAGAGUUCCAGUGGGCGGACGGUGUCCCUAUCUCUGCAGGACUUGAAGAGGAGAUUCCCCAAGCACGAGGUGACCGCCACGCUGCAGUGCGCUGGCAAUCGCCGGGCCGAGAUGAACGCGAUCAAGAACACCAACCGGCUGGGCUGGGGCGUCGGGGCCAUUAGCAACGCGCGCUGGGGCGGUGCCCGGCUCCGGGAUGUCCUGGCAGAAGCCGGGUACAGACCCAGCGACGAGGGGCACGUCUGCUUUGAGGGGCUGGACAAGGAUCAGAGCGGCACCGUUUACGGGGCCUCCAUCCCUUUUAAGAAGGCCAUGAGUCCUGAUGGGGACGUCCUCUUGGCUUAUGAGAUGAACGGGGAGGAGCUGCCCCGGGACAACGGGUUCCCCCUCCGAGUCAUUGUUCCGGGGAUAGUCGGAGCGCGGAACGUCAAGUGGCUGGCCCGGAUCACGGUGGGCCCGGAAGAAAGCCAAAGCCACUGGCAGCAGAAGGACUACAAAGGAUUCUCCCCUUCUGUCACGUGGGACAAUGUGGACUUCUCCAGCGCCCCUGCCAUCCAAGAGAUGCCCGUGCAGUCAGCAAUCACCGAGCCGGGCCCGGGUGCCUGCGUCUGCCCUGGGGAGCUCACAGUGAAGGGCUACGCUUGGAGCGGAGGGGGGCGAAGAGUGAUCCGCGUCGAUGUUUCGCUGGACGGUGGGAAGAGCUGGCAGGUGGCCAAGCUAACUGGGAAGGAGCAGCUGCCUGGUCGAGCCUGGGCAUGGCAGCUGUGGCAGCUGGAUGCCUGCGUGCCCGAAGGCACCAAAGAGCUGGACAUUGUUUGCAAGGCUGUGGACGCCAGCUACAACGACCAGCCGGACACAGUGGUGGCCAUCUGGAACAUUUUGGGAGUGCUCAACAGCGCAUGGCAUCGGGUCCACGUCAACGUGGGCGAGGAGUAAGAGGCUGAGUCGUGCCUCGUUGCCCGAAAGAAACAAAAGGGUCAUGGAUCGUGGUUGUUCUGCACCUUCUUUCUUCCGAGAGUAUGUUUGCCUCCAUCCUAUUGGAGAGGCCAAGGAGAAGAGAUUAAGCAUUUGUUGUUGCUCUGCAGCUACCGCUGAGCUACGGCUUCCAUCAUUCCUGAGCAUCGACUUUGCUGGCUGGGACUGAAAGGAGCUGUAGCCCAACGACAGCUGGAGGUCACCACCUUGGCGAGCCUUGUUUGAGAUGGAUGAAGGCCCUUUUACUACCUCUUCUCUAACCUCUCUGUCUUUUAAGGAAGCCCUUCUGCUGCCCUUUAGAAUUCCUUGUGUGUUUCUUUCUCGAGAGGCGAAUGCGUGCAGCCUUCGCUGAGUUGCCUUUGUUAUCUCCUGCGCUCUGCUGCUCCUCCUUAGGAUUGCUUUCUCGUUGUUCUUACAGCCGUUGCAAGAGCUGUUCCCUCAUUCCCUGCCCCUGCUCAGAAGACACGGUCGUGGGUGACCAGAUGCAAAAGGAGGACAGAAAUCUCGACUCUUUUGAAGAGGCGAUUUCAGCAGCUCUUGACACGUUACAGGAGCCCUUUGCGUCUGGCAAUCUAGCACAGUUUAUUAUCUGUAAGGAAGGGUUCUGACAAUCGCUUUUGUGAAACACUUAACUCUCCUCUCCUAGCAGUUCUAAAAACACAGAGAGAAUGGCUACUCUGCUUGCACCUAUGAAUGAGCUUGGGAAUGAAGGUAGUUUGCUCACAUAUGGGAAUCCAGGUUUAGGAAAACAGCAUACAAAGCAGGGGCAUUGUGUGUGUGUGUGUGUGUGUGUGUGUGUGUGUGUGUGUGUGUGUAUAGAAACUAAAUUUGAAUGUUUUGGGUUUCCUACAACAGUAGUUGUAGGUCAGAUUGCUCUGGUCAUAUGGGGAGCUUAGAUUUUUGUGUGUGUGUCCAAGGAAUUGGCUUUCUCCAGGGUCGUUAAUGUCCUACCACAUGAACACUUUGUGCCUUCUCUAUAUGUGUGUGUUAGUGUGUGUGUGUGGGGGGGUGUUAGCCAUGAAGCAUUAAAUAACAUCACAAACUGUCUGAAAAAGGGAAAACAGUAUAACAUUCAAUUUAAUUUCAGGACUUUUUUUUUAACACCCACUUUUUUGGGGGGGGGGAAGCCCUGGGAAAAUAUUAAAGCUUUUUUAACCUGCUGCCAAAAUACAGUGGUGCCUCGCUAGACGAAUUUUAAUUUGUUCCACGGGUCUAUUCUUAUAACGAAAAAUUCGUCUAGCGAAUCCCAUAGGAAUGCAUUGAAUUUUUUUGAAUUUUUUUUUUGCCCAUAGGAACGCAUUAAUUGAAUUUCAAUGCAUUCCUAUGGGAAACUAUGAUUCGCUAGAUGAUAUUUUUGCAAAACGAAUUCGUCUAGUGAGGCAACCUCCGCUAGAAAAAUCCUUUCUUUAAGCAAAAAUUUCGUCUUACAGGGUGUUCGUUAAGCGAGGCACCACUGUAUUGUAAUGUAGACGCCAGAUGAGCCUCUCUAGUGAGACCAUUCUGCAGGCAGGGCACUGCCAAGAAGCACCAGGGCUUUUGAACUGUGCCUGGAAAUGCACUGGGACCCAAGUGCUGUGCAUUUCAGUGUGUCCCACCACCCACCCCGUCCCAAAUUAGGUGUCCCCCCACCACCACCACCAUUGCUGAUUCUUCUCAUCAGAUCAGGACAUCGUAGCUGCACCUCUUUCUUUUUGCAACCUGCGCCUGUUCAGGGCACUGCCAGCACCUGCCACGCACAAAAGCAGGUGUAUACAAUAAGUGCCUGGAGAGAUUUUCCCUCUGUAGAUUUGUGAGUUUACGUGACACUCACUGUAGUCUUGGUACCCCAGCAUUUUGUGCCAGUUUUUGCUCUGGGUGGGGGUGGAAAACUUUGCUGUGGAUGGAUUUGGGUGAGUCUCCGACCUGCCAACCCCAAGUAUCCGAAGUGGUAAUUGGAGGCUAGAUUUGGAGAGCUUUGGGGAAAUGAAUCACAUUCCAGACUGGAAACACUGCCCACCAGCUUGUAAGCAUCUCUCCCCCCCCCCCUUUUACAACACUUGCCAAGCUUCAAGAAUCUGGUUUAGAGGGGUUAGGAAAAGCUUUCAUUACAGCAUAAAAGACUUCUGGAUCUACUGUAUUCAGGGUUUUUGUCCUUGUUUGAAUUAGCUGAUUCCCUCUGCUGGCCAUGGUGGGAAAUUUAUUCAUCUCAUUUGUUUUUUCUAUGUUUUCCCAUGAUGACCUAUUUGAGGCAGUGUACAAAAACCCCUUCACCUCCUCCCUUCCACUAGUGCUGUAGCAUUGCUUAUAGGCAAGGGUAUGAAAUGGGUUCAACCCUGUCCAGGUGCCUUCAUCUCACUGUAUGGCUCCAGGAGAUUCUCUUCCAUAGCUCCAGAUCUUGUUAACUCUUUAACAAAGCAAGACAAUGGGGUGGUUGGUUUGGAACUACAACAGGAUUGAAAUGGAGCUUGGUUCCAGCCCAAAAAAUCAGGAUGCACAUGUACACCACGGAUCUCCCAUGUUGCUGGGUUCCAGCUCCCAUCAUCCCUCCCCAUUGGCCAAGCUGGCUGGGGCUGAUGGGAACUGGAGCUCAGCCACAUCUGGAGGGCCAUAGGUUCUCCAUCUCUGGCACUCUGCACAAAGUGCUUCCAGGGUAAGUGAGCCCAAGAGAGGAGGGUAACACCUGUUGGUUUGGAAGGCAAAUUGACUCUUCAAGACUGCAAGGAGCUGGUGGGUGCCUUUUCUGUCGCCCCCGCUUGUGGUAACAAACUUCAAAGCGGGGGUUGAGGAGCUUGCUAUCAGGAUCUGCCUCGCAAGCCAAAUUUGACAGGUGGGGCUGACCAAAUGCCAAAUCGCCUGACAUCACAAAGACGUUUCGGGGCUUCGAAGUCUGGAAGUCAGGGCUUCAAAGCACCUCACUGGCAGCAAGGCACUGCUAAAGGGAAGAUUUAGCACUUGGCUGUCUCUGAGGUUGGCUCUCCAGCUGUUUGUGGAUUAUAGUUUCCAUCCUCCUUGACCUAGUUAGGGAUGAUGGGAGUUGUAGUCCAACAACUGCAGGAGACUCAAGUUUGGGAAACCCUGAUGUUGCCUACUGAUACAAAGGUAAGAGCUACAUCCAAUGAUCCGCCCAGUUUUGCCUCUGGCCCACCCCACCACUGGCAAGCACCCCUCCCCUCAAAGGCUGUCACAUGGGAACAUGCCCUUGAGCAGAGAAAGCUUCCCUGUUUGCAAUGGGAAGGAAUGAGUAGUUCUUAAAAUCAGAUACCUUUUAAUAUCCCCACACUGCACAGAGAAAACUAUAAUAUUUUUUUACUGUGUAAUGGCUCCUUCUGCUCUGUCCUCAUUUGAAAGCUGAUGAGAGUGAUAAAAUAAUUGCAUUUGUUCUGUUAAUUUUGCAUAGGGUAAGAAUAUAUUUUCUAGUAGUCCUUAAUAAAUGCUCUGGAUUUUAUCUCUCUUC